AUGGGCUGCACAGACUCUAGGAGAGUGCUUGGGAACCUGCUCAUCAGUCUGCUUGUUAGCUGUGACUCCCACCUGCACACCCCCAUGUACUUCUUCCAUGCCAACCUGUACUGUAUUGACAUGUUGCGAUCUGUUUUAUCUUCAUCGCUGUCCCAGAGAUGGUUGUGCACAUCCAAACUCAGAGCAGUCAUCUCCUGUGUGGGCUUCCUGACACAGAUGUGUCUUCUGACUUUUGGAUUUAGCUUCAAAGGUCAUAUAAUAGUCAGUAAUCAGCCCAGGCUUGCAGCCCUUCAGAGGGAUGUCUCUGUUGAAAUUGGCUUCAUAGGAGUCUCCUUCUCCAUGGAUUUUCUGCACUGGGAAGCCCCCAUCAGAGACACAUAUACAUCAAGCCUGAGGACAGAACCAGCAUCCACGCUUGAUGCCGAACAGAUGAAUGUGUCCAAACAAUACAAAUACCUGGAAUCUAACAUCUGUAUUAGAAUUCCAUCUCACGAAUCUCUCAGAGGAUCUGGAUCUCCAGCCAUUCUCUUUUUGCUCUUCCUCUCCAUGUACCUGGUCACUGUACUUGGGAACCUGCUCAUCAUCCUGGCUGUCAGUUUCGAGUCCCAACUCCACAUCCCCAUGUACUUCUUCCUCGCCAACUUGUCUUUAACUGACAUCUGUUUCAUCUCCACCACUGUUCCAAAGAUAAUUGUGGAUAUUUUAACUCACAAUAGUGUCAUUUCCUUUGUUGGCUGCCUGACACAAAUGUCUCUGCUGAUUCUUUUUGCAUGUAUGGAUUACAUGCUUCUGACCGUGAUGGCCUAUGACAGGUUUGUGGCUAUCUGCCAACCCCUGCAGUAUUCUUUUAUUAUGAACUUUCGCCUCUGUGUCUUCUUUGUUUUGAUAUCUUUUUUAUUUAGUGUUAUGGACUCACAAUUGCAUAAUCUAAUUGUCUUAAACUUCACUUACUUCCAGGAUGUAUCAAUUUCCAGCUUCUGCUGUGAACCUACUCAAAUGCUUAAGCUGGAUUGUACUGAAAACUUUACCAAAAACAUCAUCACUUAUUUUGCUGGUGCCAUAAUUGGUUUUUUACCCAUUUCAGUAAUAUUAUUCUCUUAUUAUAAAAUCAUUUCCUCUAUUCUCAGAAUCCCAUCAUCAAGUGGGAAGUAUAAAGCUUUCUCCACCUGCAGUUCUCACCUGUCAGUUGUUUGUUUAUUUUAUGGAACAAGCAUUGGGAUGUACCUUGAAUCUACUCUAGCACAUUCUUCUAAAAAGAGUGUGGUGUCUUCUAUAAUGUACACUAUUGUGACUCCUAUGCUGAAUCCCUUCAUCUAUAGCCUGAGGAAUAAGGACAUUAAACAUGCCCUAAGGAGGCUAAAUAGCAGGAAAUUCUAA